UGAUUAUUUCAGUGAUUGGAAUUCAACUUUUGUAUCACAUCACCAAAAGUAAGCAACGCUCGAUGUGAUCAAGAACGGCAACUUUUCUCUAUGGUUUAGCCCUAGCGUACAGAGUUCGCGUCUGCGUCACACAGUUUCGGUGCGUGUGUAGUUCGGCUGUGCUGUGCUGGGUGACAGCGCUUCCCGUUGCAGUGUAGACCUGGUGAUGGCAGUGAAGGGAAUGUAUAAAAUGCACCCCAAUUAUUAUCAUCCCUCAAAGACGAACGCCACCACCGCAACCAACAUACGAUAAAGCAAAAAAAGAAGGUUCAAACACGCAUCGUAGCCGCACAAAAGAUACAUUCGAGCAAGAAAAACCUGCCGUACACGAACGAAAGAGAGAACGGCCGAUUUUCGUACCUCGGGAAAGCGAAAGAGCAAAGCCGUGAGCAUAAAAGCGGGUGCAAUCAUCGAUACAACAUCACAUCACACCACUACACCAAACUGUGCAAGAAUCGAGAGUGUGCGAGAGCGCAGCAUUAAAGCAAAGGAAAAACGGUCCUUCUUGUGUCGUCCUUGUAGCAGCAAAUACCACCAACGGGGAAGGAAAAAAAUAACAAAAGGCCUUCACUAGGAGCUAGCAGCAGAGCAAGAGUGUGUGUGUGUGUGUCCGUUUUUGGGGAAAAAAAGAUUGAUGGUGCAAAAAUAUCUUUUUGCCAGCAAAACGGCAACUGCAGCAACAAUCAGCAGAUUAUUCCCGUUGCCAAAUCGGUUCCCGACGAACCUCAACCGAACCGCAUUGCCUUCGUUCUGUCGAACGUCGGUGAUCGUCCUGCCUACCUACUGCUCCUGGUAGGUGGGAGGUUGUGUGCGGGGAGUGGGUCGAUAGUGGGAGAAAACGUAUCUGUGCGCACAGUGCUCCAGAAAACUCACUCACCCAAAAAUGCACAGCAUGAUCCAGAAACACAGAAAAGGAUCGCGACGUAAACCUAUCAGCGGCUGCAACUAUCACCCUGUCGGAUGUGUACGGGAUUCGCUCAACGGCAUACUUGAUUGUGAUUAUUUCAACAUUCCUGCUACGAUUGCUGCUUCAGCUUCGACCGAUGCAAAUUCGCAACCUAGCACUAGUAAACCCAGCACCACGAUAUCAUCCUUCACACCUACGCGUCAGCGGCGAAGAAGACGGCGAAGGUUGGUGGUCACUCCUCCGGCUGUCACCGCCGUCUACGAUGAUGAGGUCGAAAUACGUCACCGCAGCCGAAGAAGGGCAGAAGAAACACCGGAAGAAAAUGGCUGCUGUAAUGGUAUCUUUCCCACCAUCGCCCCCAACAACACCACCCCCCUUAUACCGUCGGUUCCAGAAGGAUAUCAUCAGCAGUCAACACUAGUGUCUGUGCCCUCGCACCACAGAACCCGAACGAAACUACUGUAUAGAAGUAUUGUGCAAAUAUGUUUGGCCUUGUUCUUGAUCUUAGGAUGCUGUGAUGCAGCUAAACAGGAAGUUUUACAAAGUGGAACGGGGUGUGCAUUUCCCAAACGAUGGGAAGGUCAAUGGUUUCAAUCCGGUGUACAACAGCCAAUUACAAUAGAAGGAUCCACAUUAAGUACUAGGGGCCGAUGCAUUGCUAGUGAAGGCGAUAAAUUUUUAUUAGUUAAUGGCAAAGGAUGUCACCGGUGCGUUGUAAUUUAUCAGAAGCACAUAAACAUACUCCAGUAUAAAGAAAGUGAGUGUGAAGAUUUUUAUACAGGCCAGUUGAAUCCAGCUGCAAUGCCUAUUCAUAGCGUUUUAAAAAGUGAUCGGGGCUUAGCUCAUCCCAACAUGAACGGGCAUUCAAGAAUAUCGUCAUCGGAUCCAUAUAUGCGAUCCAAUGAAGAUAGCGACAAUUGCAUGGGAUGUAAGGGUCGCGAAACAUUGCAUUACCUUUGCGAACAAAUCCCGGGUGAUGCUCUAUUGUACAGUAUGUUUAAAAUAAAUCCAGAGCCAAUUAAAUGUCCACUGUCAGGAUCCUAUACGUUCACCUAUAACCGGGGUCAUGGUGAAUGUAGGAGUCCAGUCUCGAAUAUGGAAAUGUGUACAGAAGACAGUAGACUACUGCUAAGUUUUCAGGCAUGCCCUGAUGUACCUGGGACAGAAAGCACGGUUGAGGAACUGACAUGCUUAGCAUGGUGGAAGGAUGGCAAUUCACGCUAUUUGGUGGGUCUGGUUUCACAUCAUCAUGCCACAUCGAACGAAGAAAGAUUUAGAUGCUUCGUAUACGAGAAGCUGAGUGGCUCGGAUGCAGAAUACAAACUAGCACAGUCCGGUGAUGCUACGUGUAACGGACUGGAAAGUGCUGAGGUUGGUUCCCGGAUCAUGACACUCAAGAAAGCUCCUCUAAUGGAUCGUUGCGACUUUCCCGUCUGGUUUAAAGGUCCUCGGUUCUGGCAUGCAUUGAUGGGCAGUGCACAUUACGUAUUCGAUGCUAGUGAUGGUUCGUUGCACAUCAAGAAACCAAAUGGCCAUACGGUAGCUCGUUCUCUUUGCGAGCAAAUCAACAAGCAAACUUCCUCGGAAAUGAUGGUCGUUGUGCAUCAUACAAUGGGAUGCAAAUCUGGGUUUAUGUGUGUCAUGUUCUACAGAAGAGAUACUCACGUAGCCGAGCUACAAAUGGGAACACCGACAGCUAGGCUUGAAGAUGCAUGUACGACUGAAAACUUUGACGUGCAUCGAACACCGUUCGUUACUUUGCUUGCAAAUAACUCUGAAACGCAGCUAUGUCCAUUAGAGGGUCAGUAUAUGAUGAAAGGUUUCCUUAUGCCUACGUCGUCUAUUUCACGGCAUAAACGCAACCACAACAACAAAGCUCGCUCGCAUCGACACUGGGACGUGGUCGGAUACCGCAACCAGGAGAGUGCCAUCAGUGGUAGCACCACCGGAACGGCAGGCGGUAUUGUAGGCGGCUACAUGGGAUUGGAAGCGAAGCGAAGGUCCUUCCUUCCACGAUCUCGGCGGACAGUGGUCGAAUCGAGAAAUGAUACGUACACCGCGUUACAUGUCGAUGGUGAAGCCAAUGCUUCCGGAAGAUUGCGUCGGGAAACAGCGGGAGGAUGUAACAUUAAUCACAAUACCAACCGGCAGCUGUUGGUUGGAUGUAACGAGAAUAGCAUAAUUGAAGUCAAACCAAAAUGUAAAACCGAUGACGAGGAAUUAUUCACGUGUCAUGGGCAUUGGCAGGAAAAUCAAACAACGUACAUUAUUGCAAAGCACUCAUUUUCUCAGCAUGGUGUAUGUAUCAGUUAUGUGCCAAUGGAAGGCAAUCACGUACAACUGUUCGUCGGGGACACCUGUCACCGUGCCAACAUGCAGUCAGGCCAACACAGAUCAAUGCCAGCCAAUAUUACCAGCUACGGUAAAUGUGGUGAGGUGAGCAGUUCGUUUAAACUUCGCCCGAACCACAUUCGGCUUUAUUCCUUCGUCCUAGCGGUGCUGCUAAUGAGAAGCGUUCUGAGAUGAUCAGUGGCAACCGAAACUGAGGAUUAAAUGUAUUGAACUCGUGUACUUCUGUCGGUGCAUUGUAAGUGAUCGCAUUUGUUUUGUGUACGUGUUGAUGUGUGCGUACCGAAGAGCACUAAAUUGCAUGUUAGUCAACUACGACCGAAGGUAGCAUUGUGGGAGAAACGGUUGUCCUGCAAAUGAUAACUGACCAUAAGCGAAAAGACUCGUCUGUUGAGACCGUGUAAAACAUUGGAAAAUGGGAUGUGUGCAUGGCAUAGAGGAAAAGACGCAGUGGGAAAUCGGUACAUCGACAAAAUGUACAAAGCUGAGAUAUGAGAGUGAAUGCUAAAUUGUUUUUAUAUUAUUAUUUAUUAAAUUAUGUUUUACGUUGCGUUUUUUAUCUCUACUUGUUGUGAUACGAUAAAAAGGUAACAAAACCCGACCACUUGCCUGGACGGUAAACCACACAGGACAGAAUGAUAGUAAUAGAGAAAAGAAAAUGUGUUAUAACUUUACUUGCCAGCCUUGUCCCCCGAACUCCAAAUGCUAAGAAGGAGACGAUGAAGUGGUCGCUUGAGUGAUCGAUUGAUCGACGCUGCAUUUAUUCGCUUGGAAAGGCAUAAACACAACCUUUUCGGGCGUUAAUAGCUCCGCACUACGCGACUUUUGUUCUUUUCCCUCCAAUUAUUUAUGGCAUUAUUGCACGUGAUUGUAAAGCUUUGUAAAACUAGCAACGUAUGAUGGUAUUUGUGCCCCCGAGUUCUUCUUGCUGUGCAGGGAAGGUAGCAACCAAAUGGCUAAUCUUCUCAAUCCUUUGGAAAGGAAGAGCUGUUAGUGUGCGAAAUGGUUGCAGAUGGAUGGACUACAACAGAGCACACCCACAACCUGGCUGCACCUUGCAUUCGCUACCACAUACCGAGAUGGAGAUGCAUAAAACCAUGUGGGUGAAGUGGAUUAAAGGCUAAAAUAAAUUAAAACAAAACAAAAACCUACUGCACAUAUAAAUACAAGUAACAACCAACGAAAACUAAACCAGUGGGAAAUAAGUCCGAAGUCAGAUAGAAUGUGGAAAAAGAAGAGACAGCUUGAAAGGUGUAGCAUAAUAAUGAUGAUGGGUGAGCAUUUUCGCAGCGGGCGAAGAAGUGAAGUACAGAAGGAAGCACACCGCCAAUACGCGCAGCAUACUGGGGGAGAAGAAGAGGAAGAAGAAAACACUUUCACCCGCUACACUAAUGCAUAAUAAUAAUCAUUCGUUUUUGAAUUAUGUAUCCAAGGUUUCCUAUUAAAAGUGAUUGUACAAUGGUAAUGACAAAAGUUGAAAAUGCAGAAGCAGAAAAAACACACACACUAUGCACCGAACGAAUUGUGCAAAACAAAAAAAAAACUCUAGAAAAUAUGGAAAAAGGAUGUGGGUUAAGCGCAAAUUUCCAAGACGGAUAGUAAAAACAGAGAUGAAACGAGUAAAAGUAAAACAGCAUAUAUUAUAUAUAUAUAUACAAACACACACCUAUAUAUAUAUAUAUAUAAAAUUAGGGAAGGGCAUGUGGGAUUAAUGGGGCAAAAUGGAAUCUGAUAGCCGAAUAAUGCUGUAAAACGUGCGCGCGGGAAAACCAGAAGGGAUUGGGGAUACAAAGGAAAAAGAAAUACUAUGCACGAAACGAAACUGGUGAUGUUGCAAACGAAUGGGGCUCUCUUUGGUAAAAGUGUUUUGUUUUUAUUUUUAAUGCGUACCAGUAAUGCAGGAUGAAAAAUGGCUACCAUUUGGAGGGGAACAGAGAGAGAAACACUGACACAAAAGUACUCUAGGCUUUUUAAAUUAAAUUAUCAUACAACCAACAAAUUACUACGAUCUGAUAUUUUUUGUGUAAGUACUCGAAUCGUGACCGAAUAAACAAGCGGAAAUCGAAGGAAAAAGGUGGGAAAAGAACGAUGAAACUGGCGAAAAGGAAGAUGAAAGUUGGAACAGCGAGCAAGCCAUGGAGGAGAGAAAAAUAAACCAACUAAAAU